AUGCCCUUUGUCUGUUUCCUCCAGGAAGAAGCUGUCAUCUUGGCCUCCCAGGACACGCCCAGAGAGGUGCGAGCAGCACAUGACCAACUAGCACAGUGCCCAGGGAAGGAGUCUGAGGACCUGCAGAGAAGACAUCAGAAUCGGACGGUGCAGGGCCAUGCCCCUGGGAGCUUCCAGGAAGCACCACUGGAGCCUCACCCGGGAGAACAGAAGCACAGAUCUCAGGAAGCAAUGGCCCAGACGCCCACGGACACCCUGAAGGGGAGGACCCCGGAGCCAGAGAUAGGCCAGAGGCUUCCCAGGUGCCCUUUCCUUGUCCCUUGCCAGGUGAGGGACCUGGUAGAGAAGAGGGAGCUGGUCCACAUGCUGAAGCAGUCUCAGGAGCUCCUGCUGGCCACGGCGGCCCAGCAAUUCGGCCAUCCCCGGCACGGCUUCAUGAAGUGCUUGCUAGAAGUGGAGGAAGAGGAGGAGGCCUUGCAUCGGAGGGCCACCAAGGCCCAGGGCCUGCCAAACCGGAAGUCAGCCAGGGCCCUCAUCCCGGUGCCCACCUCCGGCUCCAGUCUGUCUCCCUUCAUCUCUCAGCACCCCCCGGUGGUCACAAUGGCUUCGUCCUGGGUCCGGCUGCCAACCCCAGCGCCGGUCUCUUCCUCGAUGGGAGUCCCAGAGCUGGGCUCAGUGCUGGGGCUGCCGAUCCCUGCUCUGGACAUGGGCUGGAAGAGGACUGAGCUCUUGCUCCAGAAAGACGAGAGGAACUUCUCACAGUCUGAGCAGGAGGAGCACAACCUGAUGAAGCUGUUCCAGAACUGGGAGGAGAGGUUGGAGGAGCAACUCACCAUUAAGCAGGAGGAAGCCUUCCGCAGCUACUUUGAGAUCUUCAAAGGCCAUGGUGAGGUGGAUGCACAGAGCCUGGAGAAUAUCCUGCUUUACGUGGGCAUCCCCUUGAUGCCGACCCAGGUGGAGGCUGCCCUGAUAAGCGCUGAUGUGGACGGAGAUGGUCAUGUGACCUUCAAAGACUUCUUGACUGUAAUGACAGAUAACAGGCGUUUCUUCUCCUCUGUUGAAGAGAAUACCCUGACGGACACAGCUCCCUUGAACCCCCACACUCUGUUCUUUGAGAUCUUGUCUCUGCUAGUAGAAAUGCUGGCCUUACCAGAGGCAACCUUGGAAGAGAUCACCAGCUAUUACCAGAAGAAGCUGAAGGAAGUUACCGCUAAGGCCCAAGAGAUGGAAUUGGCCGUAGGCCGACUUCGGGCCCGGAAGAAGCUUUCCUUGGAACCACAGGAGGAAGAAACCCUUGUUGAAAUUCCAGACCGCAGGGUCCUCAGGGUCCUGAACCGGCUGAAGCAGAACUACGGUACCAAUCUGCAGAGCCCCUGUAUCCAGAUGCCCUGCAUUCCACUCUGCCCACGGCUGGAAGCAAAGACAAUCAGCCGGAAACAGAGUCCCCAGUAUGUGCUGGACCCAAGUGCCACUACCUGCCUGAGCACUGACAUCCGGAGUCUCCUCUUCCAGGCAGGCUCUCAAGGAAGCCGGGAAUACAGCUCUGAUAGUCAAAGGUGGCUCAGCUCUGUGCUGGCUCGGACUCACUGACCCUAACCUGAACACUUAACGCAGAGCAGCCAUUCAAGGUCUGAAAACGAAAGAAUGGGUCAUCGGGCAAUGGUGCUGCUGGAUUUGCUCUUGUGGCCCAGUGAACCAAUAAACACCAAGAACCUCCACCUCUGUGCCUGUGAUGCCAAGGAAGACUCCAUGAUGCCAC